AUGCAAGGUUACUCCUUCUUCUCAAUUACAAAGAUAAUCAAUAGAGGGAAAGCAUUAUUCUACGAUUUGGAGUAUCUUGAUUUCACAGAAGAAGGGAUACACACAACAAAAGUAUUUCAAAAAUGCCACGGCGAGAACGAGACUCACCUCAUGCGUCAUGAAAGUCAAGUCCUUUGUGGUGAAGGAGAACAAGAAGAUCUUGAUGUUGUUGUUGUUCAUGGUCUUUGGAAAGUAGGAGACUUGGUGGAUUGGUGGAAAGACGAUUGCUAUUGGUCUGGUACGGUUCGAGAAGUGAAUGAAGAAUUUGAAACUGUGAAGUUGUUGCCUAAACCUUAUGAAGGAGGUAGCUACGAUGCUGUGUUUAAAGAUUUGCGUCCUUCGUUGGAAUGGUCACUUGAAGAUGGAUGGAUUGUGCCUUUCUCUAAGGAUGGGGAAAAGAGGCAGUGUGCUAACCUAAUGAAACUUCCGAGUGAAAUGAAAGGAGAGGACGAGACAAGAGAAGAAAAAAGGUGA